CCUGUCCUCUGUUUUCUCCUCGGGAAGAUGGAGAAAAGCACGACACGCGCUACCUGGUGUCGCCUCGCGCGAUGUGUGUCGGUUCUUUUCCUGUGCGCGCGCGCGUCAGCCAACCUGCCACCGUGUCGGGAGGGUGAGUACUACUUUGAGUACACAGAGUGUGACAGUACAGGUUCACGCUGGAGAGUAGCCAUUCCUCAUCAACAGGGAAGCUGCAGUGGGCUACCUGAGCCUGUCAGAGGCACAGACUGCACGUUUUCUUGCGAAGCGGGAGAGUUUUUAGAGAUGUCUACACAGCAGUGUACCGCCUGUGCAGCUGGCUCAUAUUCGCUAGGUAGUGGCGUCCGUUUUGACCAAUGGGACUCCAUUCCUGCUGGUUUCAGCAGCUUAGCCACCUAUAUGGAGCCUGAAGGAGCCACAGAUGAAACUCUGUCUUGCAACAAUUCCACAUGGACACCUCAGGGUACUCACUUAGAGUCGAAUCGGGACGAAUGCACGGUUUCGCUUGUGUAUGCGGUUCAUCUGAUGAAACAGGGCUCCGUCUCCUUCGACUACCAAUAUGUAGACAACAACAUCUUCUUCGAAUUCUUUAUUCAGAAUGAUCAGUGCCAGGAAAUGGACCAGUCAGCAGACCAGAAAUGGAUCAAAAUCACGUCUAACGGUGAAUGGGGAACACACACGGUGAACCUGAAGUCAGGCACUAAUAUCUUGUACUGGAGGACAACUGGGAUUCUCCUGGGAGGGAAACCUGUGAAGCCUGUCCUGCUGAAAAACAUACAGAUCGAAGGUGUUGCGUAUACGUCUGAGUGUUUCCUGUGCAGACCGGGCACCUUCAGCAAAGCUCCAGGCUUGUCCUUCUGUGAUCUCUGUCCCAGAAACACCUACUCGAGUAAAGGAGCUAGCUCAUGUACCCCGUGCCCAGAGACACAGUACUCCGAGGAAGGCUGGGCAGAAUGUAAGGAAAAGCCUCCAUGCUCAGAGAAAGAUUACUUCCAGAUCCACACUGCAUGUGACUCCACUGGCAAAACGCAGGUGCUGUAUCGAUGGGUGGAGCCCAAGGUGUGUGUGGAGGAUGUGGCUAGAGCGGUCACUCUGCCCCCUUCAGGAGAGAAGGAAGAUUGUCCGCCAUGCAAUCCAGGCUUUUAUACACACAAUUCAUCCACAUGCCUGCCCUGUCCACCUGGGACAUACUCCAAUGGCACCACAGAAUGCCAGGCAUGUCCUGCAGGAACAGAGCCCUCAUUAGGAUAUGAGUUUAAAUGGUGGAAUGUUUUACCCAACAACAUGAAGACAUCCUGUUUCAAUGUGGGCAACUCAAAAUGCGACGACAUGAACGGCUGGGAGGUCGCUGGGGACCACAUUCGCAGUGGAAUUGGAGGCACUGAUAAUGAUUAUCUCAUUCUCACGCUACGAGUGCCUGGAUUUAAACUUCCGACAUCUGUAGCUGGAGUCACAGCCAGCGAGUUUGGUCGAAUCACGUUUGUCUUUGAGACGAUCUGCAGUGCAGACUGUGAACUCUAUUUUAUGAUGGAUGUAAACAGGAAGAGCACAAACGUGGUGGAGUCGUGGGAAGGCACCAAAAGCAGACGAGCGUACACACACAUCAUGACUAAAAACGCAUCUGUGUCUUACACUUGGGCCUUCCAGCGUACCAACAAGCCCUUAGAUGUCCGGCGCUAUGUGAGUGAUAUUGCAAAGAUCUACUCCAUCACCAUCACGAACGCACUGGACGGCUCGGCCUCGUCCUGCCAUGCCUGCGCCAUGGUGAGUCAGGAGAGCGGCUCGUCCUGUGUCCCCUGUCCCGCUGGACACUUCAUAGACAAAGACACCAACCAGUGUCAGGAGUGCCCACCAAACACCUUCCUCUCUGGACAUCACAUCUACGGACAAGAGGCCUGCCAGCCAUGUGGCCCAGGCAGUAAGAGCAACAAGGAGCACUCCUUGUGCUUCAGUGACUGCUCCUUCUCCCAUGUGGAUCAGAACCGAACGCUGACCUACAACCUCAGUGCCUUAAGCUCAGUGGGGUCCAUCAUGAAUGGACCGAGUUUUACUUCUAAGGGAACAAAAUACUAUCAUCAGUUCAACAUCAGCCUGUGUGGUGCAGAGGGGAAGAAGGUGGCUGUGUGCUCGGAUAACGUGACAGAUCUUUCCAGCAAAGAAACCCAGACUGAAUCAGCUGCCUUCAACAAUUAUGUGGAGACUUUCAUCUGCCAAUCAACCAUCAUCCCAGCAGAUGGGCGGGGCUUCAGGACGGCCAUCUCCUCCCAGUCUAUCAGUCUAGCUGAUACCUUCCUAGGAGCUACUGUUGAAAGUUCUCUAAAUGGAGUCAGCGUUAGACCAGAAAUGUUUCCUGAAACUUCUCAAAGACAUCCAGACAUCAACUUCUUCUAUCACUCUCCACAGGUGACGGCGUCCUGUGAACACGGCCGCAGUGCCGUCAUUACGCUGCGUUGUAACCCCGAGAAAGGAGAUCGUGGAGAGCUUACUGUACCAAGUAAGUGUCCUGCAGGUACAUGUGAUGGCUGUACAUUCCAUUUCCUGUGGGAAAGUUCAAGUGCGUGUCCUAUUUGCACUAAAGCAGACUACCACUCAAUAGAGGGAGCGUGCAAGGGAGGCAUUCAGGAAAUCCUGUACGUAUGGAACGAGCCGAAGAUGUGCACGAAGGGGGUGUCAAUCCCCGAUAAAAGCUCCAGUGCCUGUGAAGCAGUCCCACUGUGGCUGAAGGUCGGAAUAGGGGGCGGGGCAUUCAUAGCCGUCCUCCUCAUCUCCUUGACGUGUUACUUCUGGAAGAAAAACAAGAGGUUGGAGUAUAAGUAUUCACGUCUCGUGAUGUCAGCCAACAAGGAGUGUGAGCUGCCAGCAGCAGACAGCUGUGCUCUGGCGGAAGGAGAGGGAGAGGAAAACGAGGACGAUGUUGUUUAUUCAAACACUCCAACACUGCUCGGGAAACUGAAAGCUAUCGCUAGCAAGGGAGAAGGAACGAGCAGUGAAUCAGUGCAGCUGAAAUCGUCUCAGGCAGAAAGAUGGGUCUGGAGUUAAGAGCAAUGGGGUCAGGAGGAGCACAGCAACAACAACAACAACAACAACAACAACACACUCUUCACAAAGAGAGGGAGAACGAGCGAGAGACUUGCAGCUGGGUGCUCGAGCAUUCAGGCUCUCCAACAUCUCUUUAUUCAUCCUAAACUGCUUUGGAGAAUCUUUUGAAAUUGUUUACAUGUCCCUUCAUAUCACUUCACAAGAUAAUCUUUUGCUCCCUAACACUGAGUGCUGUAUAUAUUUACUCAUCCUACACACACACACACACACAUUACACACCGGAUUACACUAUACAAAAGCAGAGCUGAUUCUCACAGAAUCAUCAUUUGUAUAUCAAGCAAAAUGACUCACUUUAUUCAGUAAAGGAUAUAAAUAUUCCAGUGAGCACUAACAGCGAGCUCAGCCUAAAACACCUUCAUGCCAUUUGCCAAUUUACAACCUUACUAUUUCUUCUUAAGAAUCAGCUGUACGCAUCUAUCAGCGGUGAUAAUGAGAGGGUUGGUGUGAACUGGAGCCAAGAGAUUGCAGGUGUGCAGUUUUAUCUUAUAAAAUCUAUCAGCUAACCCGUGCCAAGUCAAACUGCUCCGCAAUCCAGGGUGUCACAUUUACAGGAUUAAUGCAUUCACUUAUCACUUCUCCUUCAUUUCCUGAUGACAGUUCAUUUCUGAUUAAUAAAUGAAUAAAGUUGCUUACCUUUUAACAUAAAUUCAGAAACUCCAUCUAGAUGAAAACAUCAUCCACUUUACAGCUGACAGAGGGAGCCAGAGGAAGGCGUCACUGCAGAGCUCCUUGCACAGUGCUAGCUCCGCCCCUGACUACUAGCCUGCCAUGAAACCCCUUAACUUGUGUUACCAUGGAUACUGUGGAGGGCAAGAGCCUAGGUUUUCUAUUUCCUGUUUUGUAUUGCUGUGUAUUUUGAGUUGUAAAAGGGUUCUUGUUUAAAGAUUUUUUUUCUCUCUCUCUCUCUCUCUCUUUUCCCUUAUAAUAUUCAGCUAAUGCUUUAAUAAACUUACAGAAUACUUUA